GCGAACUUCUGUGGGAGAAGUGCUUGAGGGGGUUGGAUGCUUCGCAAGGGUUUCAGCAAGUGCGGCCAGGCCUUCACACAAGAACACACUUCCUCCUGUUCUCAAUGACCAAAUCGACCGACGCCUCAAGGACAUGGUGAACGUCAACACUGCCAUGAACAUCUACAAGGGGGUCGGACAGUGGUGGCAACCUUUGGAACUGCUUGGAAGCUCCAAUCUCCAGCCUGACAUGGUCUCCACCAACACCUGUAUUGCAGCGUGCCAGCCGAUCGCCUGGAGAAGUGCUUUGCAGCUAGCAGAGAACCAUGGUGUGGAUGCCACCGGAGCAGUGGCCUUGUUGGCUUGCGAAGCUGGCUGGCUUUGGGCACAAGCGUUGCGCCUUUUCUGGAGGCUCGCCGAGCUGUCACUGGAACUCUCUUUGCGGCUCUGUACAUCGGUCACGACCAUUUGCGAGAUCAAUGACGAGUGGCGCAGUGCAAUCAGCUUGUACUCCUCCCUAUGGGUCAGCGGCGCUUGUCCGGAUGUGGUGGCCAUUGGUGCCACACUGAGUGCGCUCCGGUCCAGAUGGAGAGAGAGCCAAGGCCUUCUAGGCUUGUCGAUGAGAACAUCGCUCCGAUCCAAUGUCAUAAUCAUGAGCGCUGCAAUCACUGCCUGUGAGAAGGGCUUUCAGUGGGACUUAGCCCUUCAUUUGCUCCUGGCCAUCAAGGCUGCGGUGUUGCGGCCAAAUGCCUUUAGCUUGGCGGCCACUGCAAGUGCUCUUGAAAAGUCCCAUCACUGGAUUGCAGCCAUCGUCGCCCUCGACACCUUCGAGGAGCACAAGAACCAAGUGAGCGUAAACGCGGCGCUGAGCGCCUGCGAGAAGGCCACGGCCUGGCAGAGUGCGCUGAGUGCAUGGGAUGCAAAGGAGGCCGAUGUCGUGGCGCUCAGUGCCACCCUGAGCGCCUUGGCCUCGGCGGCUGAGUGGUUGCCAGCGCUUCAGCUGCUGCAAGAAGCACAGGUCACCCCCAACGAGGUGAGCUACAGUGCAGUCAUCACCGCUUGCGAAAAAGUGGGUCACUGGCAGCUGGCUUUUGCACUCUUGGACGAGAUGGUCGAGCAGAAACUGCAGCCUGAUGCCUUCGCAUUUAAUGCAGCCACGGCUGCGUGCCUGCGUGCGGUGGAGCUGAGAGCAGUAAACAAAGAGGGCGGCAGCAGAGGAUCAAUCCUGGCUCCCGCUCAACUGCAGGUCCAGGACAACCAGUCCAAAUUUGGGUGA